AUACAAGCCAUCCAGCGCAGCCAUGGUGCCAGUUCUCUGAUGAUUACACUUCAAAAUAAUUUAGGCCCAACAUCGGCCAAAUAAAAGUAACCUACCUCUGAUUUAAAAGUUUGCUUACAUAUCAUUGCUAUGGAAUAAAUUUCAGCACCAUUCGUCGUAGGAAAAAAAAUUGUUACGAUCUCGAAAACAGUAGCACGGAGAAAUCCAACGCCAGCAAGCCCGCAGCACAGUUACUUAUGCAGUAGAUAAUUUGUUUUAAAUGCUAUUGUUUUCGGUAAUUUGAUAUAAUCUUUCUAUUCAAAGAAAAUAUCUUUAAUCUAUCUUUAAUACUUGUUUUAGUUUUUAGUAAAGAAUAUUCUCAUAUUGCUUUCAUUAAGGUUAAUAUUUGCGGAGUAAUUUCAAUUGAAUAAUAAUUGUUGGUGCACAUCAAUUAAUUACUCAGUUGUGAUUUCCUUGCAAUAAGCUCACAGUAAAGUUCACUGCAACCUUGUGCUUUUAUUGUUAUUAUAGCUAAUAAAAUGCUUUGAUAAAGACAUGUGCGAUGAAAUAAAGCUUAAACAUAUUUAGUUAAACACACACUGUUUUCUGUGGAAGUAGGAUUAUGAUGUCAAUUACUAUUAAAGUAGAUACAGAUUUGAAAUUAGGAUUAUUAAUUUUAAACUGAAAAUUAAAAUAAAAUUUGCAAAAUAGGGGCAAGUGCGUGAAAAAGGUUUAUACAUGAUCUUCUGAACGAUAUACGGAAACCAACUGAAAUUUGAAUAACUUUGAUCCAAUUCAAGAAGCUACAUAACGACGUUCAACGUAGUACAGAAGUUCCACACUCGAUUGCUAAGCUACUUGCCUGUGAGGAAAAUUAUACUUGUCUGCUAGCUGUUGAUAUUUUUUAUGUGGGCUGCCUAGCGCAGCUGUUGGAAUUACAAAGAAGUUUCGUCUGAUUUAGGUGGCGUCGUUGUUAUUUUCCUGCUGCUCGGACCGUCGACACGGUUGUUUGUAUUGUCGACGGACUCGUUAUCGCCUCCGUUGCUUUUGCUGUUGUAGGCGAGAUUACAAUGUUUAUAUGGCGGAUGUCGUGUUCGUAGAGAGCUAGUGCUAUUGUAUACGGAAGAUAAGAAGGAGAGGAGUAUAGCUGGCUGGCUGAUAUUGACGGAGAAGAAGAUGGCGACUGUCGUCAUUGCAGCAGCAGCAACAGUCCUAGCAGCAGAAGACCCAGUAGCGACCACCGCCGAACCCCCACAGAAACAGCAUAAGCACGACUAUGAGCACAGGACAAGUUUCGACGAGCAACAACAAUUCCUUUCCUUGUCCAUAUUCCGUUCACCAUAACAGUGUAGUUCCGGUAAGGCAGUAAGCAUCGGGAAUAUGGUUAGCGCCAAGCAGGGUUACUCGCGUCACGGCAAUAAUUGAACUGCAACAGAACGAAGUAGGAUAGCUGUUCUACUAGAAGAUUGUGGUGAUUUGCGAGUCACUGUUCUGUUAAAGCGAUAGUAAGGGUGCCUGCUGGAGCUGAUAUUAUUACGCUUUCGGCGGGUCCCUGUCUCUCUUUUUCCAGUCCUGUCUCGGCGUUCGUGUAUUACGCCAAAAUUAUUUGUCUGAUUAGUGCCUACGAUAAAAAGACAGCUAUGCUAAUGAAUGCAAUCGGAAUGAAGGCAGAACAGCAACAACGGCGUUCAAAUCAUGCUUGUCGACUAAGUAGCAUUGAAUUGUUUAGUUUAACCUUCGUUAACUUCUCCUUGCAUGUAUAACUUGCCCGGGCUGUACUACUUCGUCUAAAUCGGAUAUCCUCUAAGCGAAUGAGGUGGACCGCAGUUACGCAUGCACAAAGUACAAAAACACAAGCAUAAAAAAACAUGACACGAACGUGUUGUGUCGGGCACGUCUGUCGAUAAACAAAUUGCUGCAGCCUUCUCGGCUAUUUCUACAAAGAAAAAGACAGGAGACAGACGAUUUUUCCAGGACGUCGCCGCCGUAAUCUUCAUUUAUUCUGUUCACUAGAUCGAAUCGAAAGAUUUUCACUGCCGUUAUUAUCAUCGUGUCAUCUUAUUGUCACCAGCAUAACCAUCAUCACCCGCUGCUGUGCUUGUGUGUCCGAACAUGUUCUUAACGGUGUUCCUAAAUACGCGUGCGUGUGUGCCGAUGUAAAUGAUUCAACUGUUCCAUCUACAAUCGGAUUUUACUAGACUGAAGAUAUAUAUCAAUUCAUAUAUAUAUAUAUAUAUAUAUAUAUAUAUAUAUAUAUAUAUAUAUAUACAUAUAUAUAUGUAUAUAUAUAUAGAUACAUUAGGUGAAAGAAGAAGCGGAAGGUAAGAAUGUUUAAGAAGAAUUGUAUGCGUUUGUUAGAACUCAGUGUAAUUCCAGGACAACAUUGUUACGUCAUAGCCAAAGAAAAAAGAACUUGAAUAACAAGGUUCUUCGACUUCUUAAUUCUCCUCAUUGCUCACUGCUUAAUUAUUCCAUUCCCACAUAGCCAGCGCUGUCCUGAAACGCUGUGCUGAUUACACACGUUCGGAAGUAUAAUAGCUAUGUGAACGUUUGGUAAAAAAGGCAGCCACCAAUCAUCACUGCCGAUGUCCUCUAAACAUCGACAACAGAGAAACAACGAUUCAGAAACAACAGUUUAGGGUACACAUCUGUGGCUACUGUUUUUUAUAUCCUAGUGGAGUGUUGAACGUCUCGUCGGAUAUGCUGAGUCCUAUAUUAAGUGCUGGAUUUUAUCAUUAGACCUUGUUAUAUCCUCCGGACAAAAGGAUCUCUCGCAAAAAGUGACGGCAUGCAUCCGUUAACGAAAGCGGUUCAGCUGACGUCGCCGCCUUGCAACUGCAACGAAGAAACUGUUACUCUUGUGUAGAAGGCCACAGCCACCACACCUCAGUGGUGGGCUGAGGGCCCUAAACAAAACACCGUCGGCCGUCGGCCGAAAUAGGCCGCGGCAGUCGGUGGUGGUAUGGACGAGCGCGUUCCCAUUAAUGGUCUUCCGCCCGGCUAUGCGUCUGGUCUGGGUUUGGGCUUACCGCCCCACCCCCUCACAAGCAUUGGCGGUGGUGGUGGUGGGAACAGGCCUCAGCAAGGUGGAGCUGCUUUUUCCUCUGGAACUUCGGCAUAUCACGGAGCUUCUGGUUUGCAUCACCCCACUCCGCUUGGCCCGGUGCCAACGAGUGCAGGCGCAUCUAAUAUCGCUUACGGGCUGGCAACUAGGCCGCAAACGCCAACCUCAUCGCAAACGCAACAGCAGCAACAACAGCCGCUAUAUGUUCCGGCCUUGUUGGCCACCCCCGGUCCGAUUUCGGCAACAGGACUUUCGUCAAAACUCGACUAUACAACGACGGGAGCACCGCCUUCCGGACUUACGCCAGUUCCAUACGGAAGCAUGACUGGUCUGCCAUCGGCAGGCCUUUCAUCAAGUUAUCCGAUGCCGCCUUUUGGUGGCGCGCCGGUGUUAUAUCACCCUUCUCCAACAGCGCCGAUGGCAGGGUAUAUUUCGUCAUCGUAUGCCACCCAGCAGGCAUUGUUGAAUGCACAAGCGGCAAGUUCUCUGGCUCUGCCACCUUAUUAUGGCCAUCCGGCAACACCUUCACCUUCUCCCUUGUAUUCUCCCGCUCCUUCGGUGGAUGGAACUUCUGAAGCUCUACACGCCAAAAUGUUGUCACAGACACCUACUUGCCAAACAGCCCUAACGGGGAGCUUUAAAAAGAACGCUCCACUUCAUUCAAGUCCAUUUCUAUCAGCAACUUCGACAUCGACGACAUCAGUCAUUCUCCCAGGCCACCUGACAUCUCCUCUACACGGCGGGAGUUUUCAAUCAAUGACACCUGGUGCCACACCGGGUGUCACACCAAGUCCUGCACCUCCCACGCCUUCAACACCUACGUUACAAAAGCCAACCCCUACAAAAGUUGUAAAAGGAGGUAUUAAUCCACUGUUCUCAGCCGAGCACCUGUUUGGCCACCAAUUGCACGCAACCCAAGUAGGUGCGCAAGGUCUUCAACCCAGCAGCGUUUUAACUGGUGGGGGUCACCAAGGGAUAUCACCCCAUUCUGGUAUAACUGGCCUGCAGGGGCUACCAGGGCCUAUGAUGCAGCCGCCUGGACCGGCACUCCAUUCUCCAGGUGGCACUGUCGUAAAACGGGAACGGACGAGUCCCGUGGUGAAGCGAGAAAGUCCUUCGCCUCUCGGCGUCGCACGUAACGGCAACGGAGGCAGUACUCUUACUUCAGGUUUCCCGGUGACUACGCUUCCUGCACCUACGCCAAUUCAUCCUACAGGCCCAGUCCUUAUUAAACCCAAACCAGAAAUGCCAGCUAAACCAAAGGCGAUACUUCCAAAACCACAGCCGGUAUUGGCGACUGCACAAAGUUACCCGUAUCGGCCUAUGAUGAAAAUAGAACCCACUUCUGUUGGGUCGCCUCUCUCCCAUGCCACCAUGCUCGGGCUACCAGUAAUGGCCGGUAUAUCUGGCUUGCCAAGUGGUCAUCCAUCCCAUCCUUCGACAGCGCUCUCAAACCACCAUCCACCCGUACUCGCGCAUCAACCAGCUGCAUCUCUUUCACAAAUGGCUUCACUUUCCUAUACAGCGCCCUUGUCUCAUCCUAGAUUAACAUCGAGUGUGACUUCGUCCUCACAUUCAUCAUCCAUCGGGCCAUUAUCAAGUCAUCCUGGUAUUUCCAGUGUAAACAACCACUUACCUCCGUCUGCUGCUGCUGCUGCGGCAGUUGCUUGUGUUUCAUCUUCAUCUUCGCCUGCACCCCCGCCUACAUCAAGUGCUGCCGCUGCAGCAGCAGCUCACGCGGCGUUUGCAGCCGCCGGGUACCAUCCGGCAUAUGCUGCAGCAGCGGCAGCAGCUGUUUUUCAUCAACAACACCAACAAGACCUGGCUAUCAGUAAUCAGCAGGUUGAAAACCAUCGACAAAUGUCGCUUCAGACAGGAGGGACUAUGUUGAUGCCUCAGCCUCGCAAUAGUCAUUCGAUGCCUCUCAGAUUACCGGAACCGUCAUUAUGUUCAGGAGGAAGAUCGUUCGUGUCUCAUCUGAGUUCACUGUCGAAGGUUAUCACGGCUACAUUUGGUCAACCCGAACAAAUGAGCAUAAACCACCAAAAGCUGGCACAGAUCAGUCAACAAAGUGUAAUAGCAGCGGUUGCUCAACAACACAAGGAGAUGGAGAAACGGAAAGAACGUGAACAAAAAGAUCGUGAAAAGAAGAAGGAAAAGCAAAAGGAUAGGACUAGCUGUGGCAGCACAAAUCGAGAAGUAAUUGUGAUCAAAGAAGAAAGCCAGGACGACAGCAAACAUGACGUGUUUAAGCAAGCCGCCUCAGCUUCAGUAGCAGGCGCUUCACUUAGCGCUUUUGGGUAUACGAUGACAUCUUCUAUGGCAACAAGUGUCACAACACCGACUCCUGCGCCGUUUAUGGACACAUAUUCUUCUCGCAGUAGGACGAGUACCCCGGCCACUGUUAUCGACAAAGGCGAUAGUAAGUCGUCAUCGGCGACCUCGCUGGCGACCUCUGUGGCCUCGUCUGCCGGCAGUCACGCUCAUCGGGAACGAGGUGAAAGCCCCAACCACCACCAGCAUCCCCACGAUGACCACCAGAUUGACAGCCCUGCGACGUUGCACUCAGCAACACCAUCGAUGUCAACAUCUUCAAUGGAAACUACUGCCCCAACAACAAAAAAGAAACGGAAGUCACUGUUAAUGCCUAGUCGGCAAGAAAACAAAGACAGCAAAUUCCAUAAGCACGGUAAAGACGGCCACUUAACGUCGGCAAUCGGCACUGGUGGCAGUGCCUCCAGAGGUAUAAAAGAUGUUUACUCAUUCGAGAGCGAAGGUGACGACACCACAGCGUCGCUUCCUGGCGGCCGCUCGGCACCAACGUUACCACAGUUUCGUAGUAAGCCCGUUGCGUUCCCCUUUGGCUCAACGAGUUCAGGAUCUCACCGCAAGAGGGCGUUAGUCGCCGAUGAGGUUGCGCAAACCAAAUUCCCCGCCGUAACGGAGUCGUGCGCGCGUGCAACGGUAUAUACGCGCAAAGGUGCGUACGACAUGUUUGAUUUCCUCGCAUCGCGACAUCGCCGGCCGCCGCGAGGAGAGCACGACUCUGAUGAUGAUUCGGAUGACGACGAUCACGGCGAGGAGGUGUCUAUGCGCCAGAGAAGAAUUGACAAGGAUCUUCAUAUGGUCAUGCAAUUCUACUCCCUCAAGGAAACGGCUCGACACACUGUCGGGGUCUAUAGAUCAAAGAUCCACCGUCGAGGAGUGUUUGCCAAACGCAUCAUCGAAGCUGGUGAGAUGGUGAUUGAGUACUCGGGUGAACUUAUUCGUGCAAUCCUGACCGAUAAACGAGAGAACAACUAUAAGUCUCGCGGCAUCGAUUGCUACAUGUUCAAGAUCGACGAAGAUGAAGUAGUGGACGCAACAAUGCACGGAAAUGCGGCCAGAUUUAUUAACCAUUCCUGCGACCCCAAUUGUUAUUCAAAGUGCAUUGAGAUCUUCGGCAAAAAGCACAUUGUGAUCUACUCUCAGAAGCGGAUUCGUAUUGGCGAGGAGCUGACGUACGACUACAAGUUCCCUAAAGAAGAGGUCAAAGUUCCGUGUACAUGCGGAGCAAGAAAAUGCCGCAGGUACCUCAACUGAACCUUCAGAAGACCGACGUGGAAGCUUGCUUCCGCUGUAUCAGUGGCAAAUGCAGAAGGCAUUCAAACAUAUGCCUCAUAGUAUUUGAAGUUUCAACCAAUUGCAGGCAAGAACAUCCCGACGCGUCUGGUAAAAAUAAAUAGUCCCUUUAACAUAAAUGACACAUCCCACUUCUUUGAGUAGAUGAGUGUGACGGUCCUUAACUCGCAAAUGUAAAAUAUAAUUACACAAUGAUAGUGCUGAUGUUUAUGGUAAUUAUUGCCGGAAGAGAGAAUGACAUGGAUAAAUAAAAAAGGAUAACUCAGAGGGACGGCUCUCCUUGCGAACAGUUACUGAAAGAAUUAGCUAGCGGCAAGGUCCUUUGCGUGACGUUUUUAUCAGCUUGAGAUAUGAGACCUCCCAGUACGCAGAUGUAUAAGAAAAGACUCAUCUGUUGAAAGUUGAUCUCUGAUCUUUUAGAUAUGUGUGUGUCUGUGUGUGUGUGUGUGUUUACAUAGAACGGACAAAAGUUCGCUCUAUAAGAAUUAAUUUUACUAGGACCUGAUAAAAAAUUAUAAAAAACUGUCGUUAACUUUCCAUGACGCAUGUAAAUGCUGUAAUUAACGCCGCCGAAGUGGGAAAAACAAUGACAGUUUUGAUUAUUGUCUAGAACGGUUACUAAAGCACAAAGCGCGAUGUAAUCAAUAUUAGCACCGAUGAUUCAGAACCAAAUCCUGGAUAUCGCAGUCAUCGUUCUCUCGCCCCCAUCGCCCACCCUUUUACAAUUACACACAUACACAAAAAUAUAGAUCAGCAAGCACAAACACGUUCUACUAUUUACCAUAUGUUUAAUGUACAUCGUAAAGACGUUUAUAUAAUUAUUAUUAUUAAUGUGCAUCAUACUUGCGGCGUAUAUUUAUGUACGUAUGUAUACGUGUUGUGACAUACAUCUCUGAUACGUGUGUUACUACACGGUAGACCUGCUGCUUAAUAUUACUGUCGAUGAUGAUGAAGCAGUUGUUGCACAUUUCGAUUUUAACUAACUUUGUGUUUCUUGAUCGCUUUGCCUGUUUCUUAAUUUUUUAGCUUAUAAGGCGCUACAAACUUGACUAUUCACUAGCAGCUAAACUAAAAAAAUACGAAAUGGACAUAUGGAUAGAGAGACGCAAAUGUUCCCUUACUAGUGAAAUAUCUGUAUAUUUAAGUUAUUCCAUAGUUACCAUAAUUUAGCAUGUUUUUCUAUAGCUACGACAUGUGUUUUUAACUAAGUUGCAUUCCACCGUUCGCAAAAUUAGAGGAAAUUGACCUAAUUUACGUUAUGCAGCAAAGAUAAUAGCGCACUAAGUGUUGCUAACCAUUCACAUAAGAACGAUUUGUCCCACAACCUGUAUGUGGCUUCCUUAAGCAACUCUAAAUUUCAGUCCAUUGUAAGUUAAGGCAAAAGGGGUAUUGCCUCUGUUGAAUGAUAAUCUCAAUAGCCCUGUUCGCACCUACAUUAUUAAACAUAGGGAUUGCUACAUAGUUGAGAUGGAAUAUCUCGAUAGGACCUACCAAAGUAAUGAACCUUCUAUCCACAAGCGAUGUUCUGUUCAUUUCUCCGUAGGAAUUGUGGUUAGAUCAAGAAAUGUUAUCAAAUUCAGUACCUUGAUAUCUGUACUGCCUUGAAGAUUCUGUGGCAACGCCGAACAACUGCUUUAACACAUUAAUAAUUUCUGCGUGAUUCGAUGACGACGUAAUUCUAGAAUAGAGGGCAAUAUUCUGGAGGACCGAGUUUGAAACGGCGUGUAUCGGGAACAAUAUUUGAGAAUCAUUGCAUGUAACCUAAUGGUAAAAUAGAUUUGAUUUUUGACAACGUGGUUUUGAGGCCCCAUACGUGCAUGUGAUAAUAUUGAGCGCCGACAAUGGACUUCCAGAGAAUGUAUGCAAUUCUUAUCUGUUCUGCCAUAUUGCAGUCGUGCUUUAAAUCUUAAGCCAAAAAGACCGUAAAUUAUAAUGACAGUGUUCCUAAGAUCAGCCUCUGAGUUCUUUAACCAUUAGCGGGGUUUUCUUCUAGCUAUGGAUCGUUACGACUUACUUACGUCUUUGAAAGACCGUAUGUCCAGAACACUGAAUUUUAUUUACCCGAUAUGCUAUACGCAGCUCACAAAAUCAUCUAUACAAAUUACAUAAACAAUACAAAUUACAUAAACUUCUACAACAUACAUUAUUCCUAUUUCUGCACAUUUAUACGUAAUUUGCCGGUUUUUUUCCAAUUAUGUUAUUAUUAUUAAUCAUCUCAUAUUAAAUGUUAUUGUCUUCGUUCACUUUAUAGUUCAUUCUCUACUAUGGUGGAUAUUUUAUGCUAAUUUAUUCUAGUUAAAUGGUGAUGUGAUAACUUACUGUAGUCUUCCAUGUCUCAUACUGAAUUGAGCUUGCAUUGAACCGCGAACUCUUGGUUUUCUUUGGACGCCACUUCACACACUGUUGGGAGCACAUCCGUAAAUAUACAUUUGGUCUAUUAAGUUGCUCGAGUAUACCAUAUUUCCUAAUAACAAUAAAUCAUUAAAGUGCACUGUCAUUCCUGUCUGAAUUAUUGGAAAAAAUUGCAGAUUCAAACUAUUAUGUAAUGAUUAUUGAAAAGCGCCAUGGUUGCAGCGACAGUCUUGUAUAUCUUACCUGAAUUUUACUGGCUGGAACCUCAGCAGGCGUAUACCCAUAAAACCAAAGAUAGCUUUGUUUUAUCACCUGUUUUUUUAUACAACGCUCUCAGUUUAUUCAGCCUCAGAACCGCAACGAUCUUAAAACAGCAUUUAGUUCAAGAGCGUUGCUCUAAAUUAAGAUGUUAUUCGGUAAGAGCGUUAAAGACCGAGAGUUUUCUCGGUUUGAAGCUCUGAAAAGCUCUCAGAGUCAACUGGCGAAUGCUAGUGAUAAAAUCAAAAAUAGAAAAUGAUUGUGCCUUUUCUAUAAUAAUUUCGAUUUGAGACAACUCUUUAAGCAAACUUAUUGCCCUUCUUAACAUAACAUGCUUACUAACGAACAUAUUCACUCUUCGAGACUCUGAAACAAUAUUUCGAUUGGUUUGCUUGUGUUUAUCGGUUGAGUUUUUGAUGUUGUAUUACGUUGAGGAAUAUUUUCUUGAUUUUACGAUACACCUCAGUCAAAUUGUGUUUGUCGUUUACUAACUACCAUAAAAGGUGACUACAAAAGUAAAACGUAAGACCCAUUACAACCUACCAUUAGAAGCCACGACGAAACAAAAUUAAAAGUCUAGUAAAUGUAGAAUUUACAGUAUCGUUGGAGAACAAUAUCAUCGAUCUCAAAUGAUAAAUACAAAAAACGUAACGACAAUUCCUUUUUCUUGAUUCAUUCUAUAGGAGAUGAUUGGCCUAAAUGGACGUCCUUCAUUGAGGCCAAAAUGUUUUUGUAAGAUAGGACGCUUCUUAUAGUACGGUUUCUUGAGAUCACGUGUCUAGCUUGAAAAGAUUACCACAUCUAUGUGCAUUUAAAAGUAUAAUACUCCGUAAGCAGCGUGAAGAAUGUACUAUAUUUACAAAAAUGCUUCCUCUAUGAAACAUUAUCAGAAGUAUAUCUUUUUCAUCGCUAGUACGAAUGUUCCACAAAUUAAAAAACCAACACAAGGUAUCUCUCAGAGCAUUCUAAUGGAUUUCCUGUGCACACAACACGUCAAUUACGUACCGUUAAGUAUGGUUAUAUGUAUCACACAGACUAACUUUUAGCAACCGAAUCUCAAUUACCGUUUUAAUAAAGUCCAACAUAUAACAGGAAUAAUAAAGAGUAGUCAACUACAACAGUUAGAUCUAGAACAUAUGCAAGUUAUUAGUACUCAGCUGCAAAACACGAAGAUAAAAAUGCGAGAGGUACAACUACGCGCACACACACAGUCACACGGGCUGAAUUGUGCUCUUUAUAGUCUGUCGUAAAAAAGAUUAGAUAUACAUAAAUUCUGUGUUCUUAAUUGAAUGGACGAAGAUAAAGAUAUCAUUAUUAAGAAAAGUAGGACGGGCGGCAGAUGGAAGAUGUUGCUUGAGAGGUCGACUCAGCGUACGGCAACUCCUUUUUCCCCGUAUCUUUUUUUUGGAACCCUGCUCAAGGAUUCUUGUAUGACACUAUAAAUGUCAACAUAACACAUUUUGAAAAUUGAUGUAAAUAGAGUUACUCAAAGAAACAAAAAGAGAAGUACUUACACGAUGGUAAAUGAGGCUGUUGUAAACUUCACACUUUUAUUGGGGUUUCUUUCUGAUAGACCUAACCGAAGACAAUUCCCAUAAGGAGCCAUAUAAAGCGGCAUUCGAUCUAAUGACAUCCUUGAGGCGCAUGUGAGUAUGAGCCAAUCUGCUGCUUUAAAUUUCUGUUAUUUUUUUGUCAAAAAUAAAUUUUUAUCAAGAAAGUAAAGCUAUGACCUUGAAUGCAGUAUGUACAUUUUCAGAAAAAGGUCUUUGUUGGCGGAACCACAUAUUUUUGGGCACAAAUAUUAAGCAGUACAGUUAUCAUUAUUAUCAUGAUGAUGGCUGCAAAUUGACGGACUGAAGCGGUUACAUCUUAUAUAUAUGCGCGAGCUGGCUCUAUGCCAACGGGUGGACUCACUUAUGUAUUGUAUCAUUCAUUUGUACAUUAUAUAUAUAUAUAUAUACACACAUAGCGAAAAAUUAGGAGCGAGCAACAUAAUAAUUAUAUUAAUAUUGAAUGAUACCGCGAGUCAUACGGGCGUGGUCACGUAGGUCUAAUCACGAAUAUUUAUGAUUGCUUAUACAAACUAAGCAUAUAUAUGUAGGCUUGGGAAUAUGUAAGAGAUUUGUAUGUCAAUGCGGCCAGUGUAUCGCUUUGCUUCUAUCGCUAUUAUUAGGAUACAAGUUAUUGAAGUAAUAAUAUAUGAAGCUGUAUCAGCAAUAGUUUUAAAUUUAAUAAUAGCUUUUUCUAGUAAUUAAGGCACACCAUCAGAUAAAUUUAUGAAGUGGGCCUAGUCUCGCAGCGCACUUGGUUCCGCCUUUUUUUUUGUUACUAAAUGGUCGAGUAACUCAGCUUGAGCACCUUCUACUGUAAAACCACUAAAAAAUGCUUCUAUUUUUCACCCUAUCUAAGCGAUCCUUUUUGAGAAGUUGGUCUUUUUUUUUUCAUAGAACAAGCUUGGUCUUCCAAUUUUGAAUUACCAUUGCACUUGGCCCAAUUAUCCACUAUUUGUCAAAGCCAUUAUGGGAAGAACGCAUCAUAUCACUUUACUUAAUAAUCUACCUUUCAUCAGAUAUCAAGGUAAUUUGUCUUUCUGUUAUAAUGUGUGUCUAGUAUGUCUUUUUUACACUACUACAUGUUAUCUUGGUAGGACCACGUAUGCAGUCGACUUGAAUGGAUUGUGCUGUUUUAAACUACAAUUGGUGGCAAUUGGUUGCGCAUGGCUGGUACGCCUCUCAAUAGUCAUAUGAUCUGCCUCUUCCCUGAACUGUACUAAAAUAUCCAGCGAACAACGAGCACCAUGUAAAUAUCGAUGAUGAUAAAAAUAAUAUGGGUAAUGUAAGUUAUUCUGUCAAGUAAAUAAAUUAUUCGUGAACUAUGCA